CCGGUUCCCACGGCAUCGGAACCUUUCCGGAAAACGAGUCUCGUUUUUUUUUAUUUGAUACCCGCAAGGCUGACAUCCGGAGACGAGGCUUAAUCCGACAAUUUUACUGGGUUCUACGAUAACCCCACCUUGUGUACUAAGGAGCAGCUCGCUAUAUCAUACGAGAGGAGCAGUCCAAGCAAUAUUGGACGCUCCCCGUGCGACAAGUCGAAUUGUCGUCACCGAUUACCUGAGCCUUGGUAGUGGAGGGGGAGCUGACUUAUUCUUCGCGGCUUUGCCGCACUGGUCUUCAGCAUGGGAAAGAUAGCGAAGGCCAUCCAACCUAAGCACAAGGAGACGCAGUCUCCUUGGCUACAGGAGUUCAUCGACAAUGCGACCUCCGUACCCUUACCUCUCCUACCGAAGACCCUUGCCACAUUCCCUUCGCGAUGGCCUUUCCCCAGAGGUGACCUGUAUCAUUGGAUACCAUUACUGAAUCGAUUCGACGAUGUCCUAGAAUCGUUCUGCUCUACUUAUAAAUUGAACGAGGGCCCUCAGACUAGAGAUAUUGGUUGCGACGUCUUGCGAUCUAGCUCAGUGGGCGAUCAGGAGAAAGCGAAUGAGCCGCAGGACUUUUCGGAGUUGGGAUAUGGCAAGGAUGGCGAUGUCCAGCUCGUUGUGGCUAUUCUGAAGUUCACCCAGAUGCUUCUGGACCACUGUGGAAACCGCAGCAUGUACGCCAGCAGUUCCCACCUGAAUGAUCUCCUGAACAGCACCGACUUUACAAUCGUCUGUGCUACCUUACGCGUUGGUGCGGAACUGGCUCAGCGUUACCAGGCCUCCGUCAAGCGCAUCCACGGGAUGACAACCCGACAGUUACACACAACUCUUCUCACGAACCACUAUAACAUAGAUCUGGAUCGUGUACAGCAGCUUUCUCAGCCUUUCGUGAAGACGCCUCUCUCGAAGCCGUUAGAGCCUACCCUUCUCUCCACCCCUGCGUCUAUCAGUAAGAGUAAAGAUAAGUCUUAUGGCGGCGGCUCCAAGAACGUGGCCACUAUGUAUGCGAACGACUUGUGCGCUCUAGCUAAAGCUGACUCUAUCGAGAACUCGCGCUGGAAUGGGUGGGGCGAUGUGAAGCUUACGUAUUAUCCUACUUCGGAUGCUCCGCAGGGAUCUGCGCAACAAUCUCUACCCGAUCGCGGUGCAAACUUAAACGCGCCUUCGACGCCGACUCCUUUGAGGCGAAGUAGCACGUCUGCUGCUUCUCAAUCGACCCCCCGUGCGGGCCGCCAAGGAGCGUCGGAGGAGAGCCCGGGUUCGGCCUCUCGAUCGCCAGCUGUUGGCCGGGAUGAGAGUAGCCCCCCAGGCCAGAAGUCUUUGGAGAUAUCGCAUGCUUCGGUGUCCUCGUCAUCAAUCUACCAGCUUCUCGCAAGAGCUCCGGCAGACUUGCCAAAAGAUGCCAAAUACGAACUCUUGAAUCGCCUUAGAGUUGCUAAGGCACUCACGGGAUCGGUCGAGUCUCGACAACAGGCACUUAAGGCUCGCCUAUUAGCUAUCCAGAACUUGGCCUAUAUCCACAUAGAACCUACGUUCAUCGAGAGGGUGCUUAGGCAAGAUAAUGACGAACCAAGGCGGUUCCAGCUGGUAUACCAGCUUGCCGAACUGAUCCACCCUGCUGCUGAUGGCGCGGCUGUAGUACCUAUUGAUCUACAGUCUAUCGCUUUCUCAUUGUUGGAAGCUAUCUCGAAUUUCCAUCACAAACUGCCUGAUGUCUUCUCGGCAUUAAAUGCGACGGUGAACCAUGGAGUGCUGCUUUAUGUCAUUAGGAAGGCUGUCGCUGAGAUGAAGAAGGACGACUCUGGGGAGCAAUAUAGCGAACAGGACGAAUGGCGUGACACCCUCAUUUCUCUGACGCUGCAUAUUACGAUGUCGAUGGCAAAUAAUACAUCGCGUAGCAUGCCGGAGAUCAUCUCUGCCGGAUUACUGGAUAUUAUCGUUGAGAUCCUGAACCUUAGGUCCAACAUAGCUGAACGCACAUACGGCACUUUGGUAGCGUUCUUAGACAGUCUCGUGUACAACGUUCAGAAUUCUUUCCAAACAUUGAUCAAUGCCGACGGCCUUGAGGCUGUUACAAACCUAGUUACUCAUGAAGUUGAACUCGCAGGGAAGCUUGUUUCGGAGGGCAAGGGAACGCCGGUUACUCACCGUUCUCAGGUUGUUGAUUACGAGAUACCUUACUGCCAACAGCAAAACCUCAAGCAUCUGCUGAAGUUCAUUCAUCAUUUAAUGUCAAAUGCCUUUGCCUUUGGUGGCAACACUGAUCGAUUAUUGAGGAAUCUCGUCGAUAAAUCCGCUCUGCUUCGCAGCAUACGCGAGAUCAUCGAGAACAUGUCCAAGUUUGGCUCCCUGGUGUGGACAAAUGCAGUUGUUAUUUUGAGUGACUUCCUUAACAACGACCCGACCAGUUUUGCGGCUAUCUCUGAAGCCGGAUUGGUCCAGAGUUAUCUGCAAGCGUUGACGGGUCGCCCGGUACCCACGGCGGCGCUCGGGGGAGUAGACUCAGCCCAGGAAGGGAACCGAGACGAUAGUCCUGAGUCGCCUUCGGAUGGACCCACACCUGAUCUCCUUGAGCCUGAUAGUCGCUCACAUCCUCCGUUGCAGGAGGAAUUGGAGGCGCCUCGCGAUGGCCCGCUGGCCCGUGGUAUUCUACCCAACUCGGAACCUAUCACGAUCGUACCGACCGUCUUGAACGCAAUUUCCUUGAAUAAUCUUGGAAUGAAGAUGGUUGUCGCGUCGCGCGCAUUCGAUAGCUACUUCGAGAUAUUCGAGAGCCCCGAGCACGUACGGGUCAUGGCAACGGACGACAAUGUAGCUCAGAAUGUGGGUGGUAAUUUUGAUGAACUUGCUCGGCAUCAUCCUUCUCUUAGACCAGCCAUAGCGAACGCUGUGUUGGAUAUGAUUGCUAGAGUCGCGCACCUUGCUCGGGUCAAGGCCAGAGAUGCUCAAUGGGGAGCCAAGCUUCUUGUGAAAGAUUCGAAUGGCCAAGACGUAAUUGCUGAUGAAGGAUUAUUGAGUGAGCCCCGAGUGGCUCCUUCAGAUAAAGGAAAAGGCAAGGCUGUCGCUCCAGUCGACGGCGCUGAUAUUGAGAUGAUGGAUGCAAGCGCACAGCUAAUAGAAAGUGCGGAAUCGGCAGUAGGCAGCGCUUCGAUCGAUUCAUCUUCCAUUACGCCAUAUAUCUAUGCACUCUCUAACUUCCUAACUCAAUACAUCAGCAAUAACAACCUGAAGAUGAACCUAAUCAACAAUGGUGGUAUAGAGCUACUUCUUGACCUUACUACGUCGCCGAGUCUUCCGCAUGACUUCGGUGAUUCUGUGGCUUCGCGAAGUAUACAGUCAGUUGUCGCCCAGCUGGUCGAGACCUCCCCGAUCAUUGGAUUGCCUUCCUUGUUGAAACGAACUCAAGCCGCCAUCGAUGUGCUCCAGCCUGUAACCCAAUAUCGGGAUGAAGGAUCCUUCUUUGCACCAUUCCUCAGCGAUGAUGCUGUCCCGACAGGGCAACCUGAUGAUUAUUCGAGCCGGCUCUCUCGCGGCACCGAAUGGGCGAAAGCGCUCUUAAAUACCCAGUCUUUGAUUAAGACUCUGUACCAAUGCUUUCCCUAUUCUCAACGGGCGAACACUGUUAACUUGCAUAGCGUCAACGUUUUCGAUUAUUACAGUCGUCUGAUUAAAUCCUUGGGCCCCCUGCUGCGUACUGCCGUCUUGGAGGAGGCGGAAAUCUCCAACAGUGUACCGGACAACUGGUCGACAAGAAAACAAGGCCAAACUACGGACCAGCAAAGUUCGUCGACAAACGGUGUCACAUCGAAUGCCGACAACACCGCCGCUGUCCCUGAGCCUGAGGACUCGAGCCUACCGGAUGUGUUAUCGUCUGCUAAUUUAUGGCUGGCCGCAGCUACGACAGGCAGCAUAGGCGAUGGUCCCUCCCAAAGCGAACAAUCAGGUCCUCGAUAUCAGAAUUACAGAACUCUUAGACUUCUGUUGCAUUCAUUGAUGCCUGCCACAUUUCCGCUUUUCCAGACCGUCGGAAAAGCUCUAUUACCUAGAAGGGAACGUGACCAGUACUUAAGAGUACGCCACCUGCAGCUUGCCGAGGACUUGGCGCAGACGAUACUGGCGCAAUUUGAGCUACCCGAUCGAGAAAGGUCUAGUAAGGACUUCCAUUACUGGAUUAUCAUAUUGCAUGCUGUUCAUGAAAUGUUGGUAAACCGCACAAUUGAAACUCGUUCGGAUCGGCAGUCCCCAACACAAAUCAUCGCUCCUGUCUUGAUUGCCUUCAAGAAACAUGGCGGGUUGGAACUACUCAAUACUAUGCUGCGCACCUUCAAAGAAGAGAUCUGCAAAGAGCAUAAAGAUGGUGAAGAUUCUUCCAUGUCACGACUUGCAGUUAUCGGUAUGAAGAAGAUUCUGGAUCUAUACACCAUGGCCGUCAAUGGAAAGAUCAUUACCGAUUCCAUGAGCCAGAUAAACAUUCUCCCACGAAACCUGGGCAGCAGCGAUCGACGAGCAGAUUCACAGGUAGCACCUAACUUGGUGAUCGAGCUAAGAAUGUCUAUACUGCCGGUGAUGAGAGAGCUCUGGGACUCACCGUUGGUUGAGAAGGGUUCGGCCCACAUACUCGCGAAGAUCAUUAGUAUCCUAAAGUUCAUCUCUUUCGCCGAUUCCGAAAGCAAUGCCUACAGACGAAUGGAUAAGAAUGCCCCUCCUUCAUAUCUUCAACCUGCGCCACUUCGAUUUUCGUGGACAACUGUCGAAGAUGACACACGAGAAGUUGUUGGUGAAGCAGCAUGUGACGAGGAUCUUGCUCACGAAGGCCUCUACAGAGCUAACAACAACCGACAUACAGCCGCGGAGUAUUGCAAAGCCCAUAAAUCAGGCCUUGCUGGUACUCGAAAUCCUAUUCCUGAGGAGGACUCGCCGGAGAAUGCAGAUGAAGAAUCAGCGCCCACAGCCGAGCGUACACAGGCUUCUUCUGGGGACGAUGCUAUGGUCUUAGAUUUCCCCGCUGAUCUACCUCCGGGUCUUCUGCUCGAGGAAGAUAUCCUCGACGAGCUUAGGGAGGCUACGAUGUCAAGAGAUGCGGCUUCUGGCGAUGAAAAUGCAGUUACAUCUUCAACCACACCUGCACAGGGCCCAUCAACUGGAGCUAGCACUGAGACGGACCUUGCGAAGAAGACGGCUGUAGCUAAGGAAGACUUAGAUGAGGAGCGGGCCAAAUUACGGGUAAAUCUUAUUGAGAGGUGUCUGGAUGUCAUAAGAGCACACCCAGACUCCACCUAUGAAGUUUCAGAGCUUGUCUCCUCUAUCAUCCUGCGAACUACGAGUGACGAACCGUCCUCGAGACAAGAGAUAGGCGAGACUUUGGCUAAUGCUUUAAUAUCCUUCGUGGGCGACGAUAUGAAACUCAACGGACGAAGCAUUGCAGCUUACGCUCAUCUUUUGUCUCUGCUUCUCCAGGAGAAGGCCUUCUUCCGAGCGACCGUCGACAUACUCAAGGUGAACGUAACGGAUUUCAUGAGAUUCCUCGAACUUCCAACAUCUCAGGCGAGCGAGGAACUUCCACCGUGGAUACCAUACAUUCUACUCGUAUUCGAAAUUCUCCUCAGUGAUGAUGAGCAACCGGGAGAAAUCAAAUGGAAGUUACCAUCAUCCGAGGACGACCAGAUAGAAGAACUCCAGUGGUCACCUAAAGACCUGAUUGUUAAAGACGGCAAUCGCCAGACGCUUCUCGGCUCAGUGCUAGAUAUUCUUCCACGUAUCGGUAAGGAUGAAUCACUAGCCGUAUCCGUUUUACGCAUCUUGGUCAUCUUGACUCGAGAUCGUUCCAUUGCGCGGUUAGUUGGCGAGAAGAAGAAUUUGCAACGUUUAUUCGUCACCGCUAAGCAGCUAUCCGGCGCUGGCUCCGUGCGCCUCAGAGAUACUCGGAUUACGUCUAAUAUUCUUACUAUAUUACGUCAUGUCGUCGAGGAUGAGGAAGUUAUCAAGCAGGUUAUGAGGAGUGAAAUCAGAGCUUACUUCGCUGGUGGCAGAAACACGGCGCGGCCUCUUGACCCAUCUGGAUUCACUAGGACAUUCUCUCAAAUCGCGCUCCGUGAUCCGAGAUUGUUUGUCGAAGUCUCGAACGAAACAGUAAAGUUGAGUCGAUGGACUCCGCCUGAGAGUAACAUUGGGCGUGGGCAAACGAUAAUCCUGAAGGAGCCGAAACCAGACAUGCCUAAAGAUGACGUGGCACCGGCUGUUCGAGCUACCGAAGAUUUGACUAUUCAGGAUGUCAAGCCGUCUACCGAAGGCGAGGAUAAGCAUAUGACCGACGCCUCCAAGCCUCAAACGCAGGACUCAAAACGGCCCGUAGUUGAAAACCCUGAUGGAGUAGUGCAUUUCUUGCUUUGCGAACUUUUGAAUUACAAAGAGGUCGACGACAAGGAACUACCACCGCCUGCCAAAGAUUCUAAGAAGGAAGACGAUCAAGAGCCGGCCGAUGCAAGCGGUGCCUCUGAUAGCGAGAGCACCCCCGCUGAUAGCAAGGAAAAGAAAGCCAAGCCCUCAUUCAAGGCUGAAGACCACCCGAUCUUCAUAUACCGCUGCUUCCUCCUACACUGUCUUACCGAAUUGCUUCAGAGCUAUAACCGUACUAAAGUUGAGUUCAUUAAUUUCAAGAGAAGUGCGCCACUUUUCGCGAACACUCCCAUCAAGCCUCGAUCAACUGUCUUGAACUAUCUUCUCAAUGAUCUGCUGUUCACAACCCACGUAGAAACUACGUUGGACUCUCUUGUACACAAGAAGAAGUACGCUACGUCCAUUCAGACGCAAAAUCUCUUGGUCGCUCUUGUGAGCAAAACGGGAGAGAAGCCCAUCGACCAGGGUAGAGAUAAGUACGACUAUGACGAUGAGCCUGACUUAUUGUUUGUACGAAAGUUCGUGCUGGAUACCAUCCUAAGGGCUUAUAAGGAUGCUGCAACCACUAGCGAGCCAUUUGAUAGCAGAUACACCAGGAUGCUGGCUCUAGCAGAGGUCAUGCAUCUCAUGAUGGGCGAGAAAGAUAAGGAACCUCCCGUUCCGUCACGAGGGGGCCAAGAUCCCUUUGAGAGAUCACAGGCUCAACUCCGGCGCCUUAUGUACGAGAAAGGGUACCUCGCGGCCCUCACUGCCUCUAUCGCCGACAUCGAUCUUGCCUUCCCCCCUGUGAAGCGAACCAUUAAGUAUAUUCUUCGCGUACUUCGAAUCUUAACCAGUACUGCUAUUCACCUGAGCCAUUCUAACAUCAUCCCCAACGUGCCAACCCAAGAGAAUAUGGACGAAGAAACAUUCUCAGGAAGCUCCCUAUCUGAUAUCGACGACGAUCGAGAGGAGACACCAGACCUCUACCGGAAUUCGGCUCUUGGCAUGUUGGAACCUGGCAGAGAUAGAGAUGGUGACUAUUCAGAAGACUCAGACGAUGACGAUGACGAGGAGAUGUAUGAUGAUGAAUACGAUGAUGACAUGGGAUACGAAUCCGAAGAUCGCGAAGAGGAUGUCAGCGAAAGAGACGAAGAAGAAGAACUUGAAGGGAUGGGUCCCAUUGAAGGAUUGUCUGGAGACCAUGGCGUUAUCGAAGUUACUAUGGAUGAUGACGACGACGACAUGGAUGAGGAUGAUGAUGAGGAUGGUAGCGAUGAAGACGAACUUGAGUCCGACGACAUGGAUGACAAUGACGACCGCAUCGAAAUUAUCGACGAUGAAGGCAAUCCACUUGAAGAUGACGGAGGCUCAGGUUGGGAAGAUGACACAGACGAGGACGAAGAGGAUGAUGAUGGGGAAGAGGUUGAUUAUGAAGCCGCAGAGCAGGAUAUCGAAGAAGAAGCCGCUGCCCAUCUUGAGGACGUUGCCGCCUUACGGUUCGGAAACAUUAUGCGUGCGAUCGAAGAAGACGAGUUUGAGCCCCCGGAUGAUCUCCAUGGUCGCUACAUGGAGGAUGACGACGACGAUGAUGAAGACGAAGAGGAAGAGGACGACAUGGAUGACGAAUAUGCAUACGAGGACGCUUUCCCCAAUGAUGCACCGCCUCGUGAUGCUGGGCCAUCGAGUCUCGGUUGGGAUACUCUUGUGGUUGAACCACAUGGAGGCAUUCUUGGCCAUCAUAAUCGACAACGACAUGGUACCCGCAGUCCUUUCCCCCCAAUCCCAUUUAUGAUGGGUUCUCGAGAUCCAAUCAGCAAUUUUGGUGAUCCAAGAGGCUUCGGGCGUAACCGGCAUGAUCAGAGGCCUACCGGUAACGAAGACGGCUUGAAUCCUUUGCUCCGUCGGGCUAAUGAUGCUAGCCGAGACGGUUCUUCUCGUACCUCUAAUCUUGGAAACCUUGUUCGUUUAGGAUUCCCUGGUGGCUUAUUUGGUGGCAGCAAUCUCGACAGCCCGAUGUCCUUUAUUAACGAUCUCGUAGCAUCCCUCCCUGCUUCAUUAAGCCGCAAUGGACAUGCGUUCCACUUCCAAAUCACACAGGGACGAGGUGACGUUCAUGACAUGCAAUUCCCAUUCGGCAUCCAAAUUCGGGAGUCCCGCUCUGAGAAUCGCCGGGAGACUUAUCAGGAACCUAUUCAAGCAACUUCGUUCACGACAGACACGACGGUGGCCCGUUGGACAGAAGAAGUGAAAAUGAUAUUUGGAUUGCAACACACAGAAAAGUCGCAUCGCCUUAUUCCAGCAAUCCUCUCGCACCUUGUGCCGCCUGCUAUUCAACAUGAAAAGGAACUCAAAGCUAAGGAAGCAGAACGCCAACGGCAGCAGGAAGAGGAACGCAAGAAGCGCGAGGAGGAAGAGCGCAAGCUGAGAGAAGCGAAGGAGGCUGAAGAAAAGGCAGCCCAAGAGAAGCGGGAAGCUGAAGAGCGUGAACGAGCCGCCGCCGAAUCUGCCGCGCAAACCCAAUCAGAUACCGCCGCUCAUAAAGAUGAUGAGGGCGAUCAUAUAGAGCCAGAGGCAAUGGAGGGUGUAGAGACAUCUGACGAUGCUGCAGUACCAUCAGAAAACGAACAAGUUGGCUCCCAGCCACGCGCCUAUACUACUAUCAGAGGUGAACAAGUUGACAUAACAGAGCUCGGCAUUGACCCUGAUUAUCUGGAAGCGCUACCUGAGGAGUUCAGGGAAGAAGUCAUCGCCCAGACAGUUAGCACCCGCCGAGCUCAGGCACGAGAGGCUCCUGGUGGUGCAGGGGAACAGACCGAGGUAUUUCAAGAGUUCUUGGAUGCUCUCCCUGAUGAAUUACGCCUGGAAAUUGUGCAACAAGAGCGAGCGGAACAGCGAAGGAGGGAACGAGAAGAGAUACGGCGAACGACAGCCGCUCCCGGCCAGGCAGCCGAAGCUCAAGACAUGGACCCUGCCACUAUUCUGAUGACAUUCCCGCCCGCUCUUCGCGAGCAAGUUCUUAUGGACCAAGGCCCGGAACUUAUGUCUUCCCUAACGCCUGACCUAGCCGCCCAAACACGCCGCCUUAUCCGAGCAAAUCCGAUAGUCCAUCACGAACACCUAGUCUCAAAUACCAACCGCAGAACAGAGGGUGCCCCAGCUACUGCACCCGCUGAUGGAGAUAAACCUCCUCGAAAGACGGUUGUGCAGAUGCUAGAUAAGCCAGGAGUUUACACUUUGCUUCGCCUGAUGUUCAUCAACAUGAAGGGCGGGUCUCUCGAGACAUCUUUGAAAUUCCUAUUCAAGGACGUCUGCGAGAACCGGCAAACCAGGUUCGAGGUUGUCAGCAAUUUACUCAAGAUACUUCAAGAGGGAUCAACAGAUGUUGACGCUGUCGAGCGAAGCUUCGCUGCGCUUUCCAUCAAGGCAAAGCAACCCAAGGAUAUUGACAACAAGGCACAAACCCCCCAAAGCCUGAAGCGCACAUUCACGAACAUCAGCAACACCAACCCUAUCCAGGCAAGCUCAGAGACAUCCCCCCUCUUGAUCGUCCAACAAUGCCUUGAUCUGCUCUGUUACCUUGCAGAUCAGAAUGUUCAUGUGCCUUCUCUCUUCCUUACAGAACAUGACGGAGUCAGCGCGGCUGCUAUCAAGCGAAGUCUCAGCCGCAAAGGAAAGAGCAAAGAUAUGAAAGCCAACAAGUAUGCCAUCAAUUCAUUGUUGGCGCUCCUUGACCGCGAUCUUGUCAUGGAGAGCUCCUCCAUAAUGGACAGUCUCUCGCAACUAUUGAGUCGAGUCACGGGUCCGCUACUCGCCCUCGAUCGUAAACAAAAGGAGGCAUCAGAAGCAAUCAAGAAUCUUGACGCUCAACCCACAAAUACGGCAGAUCCCGCUGGAACGACUGCGCUUGCAGAUCUAAACAACACAGAUGCUGCGCAAAGUGGAAGUGCAAACACAGCAGAACAGACGGCUGAGCAGCCUGCUAGUACCCCUACCGAAGCCGCCGAAAACGCGCCCUCCGGCAUCUCUGCUGCCGAGGCCGAAUCCGUUAAGGCACUAGAAAAGCAAGCAAUCAUGAAGCGAAUCAAACAACUGCAUCCACCCAUCAUUCCGGUCCACAACUUGACUCUCAUCAUCAAGAUCUUCGUGGCUCGUGAAUGUAGCUCCAAGACAUUUAAGGAGACUCUCUCGACCAUUAAAAACCUCUCGGUAAUUCCUGGGGCAAUGCUGGUCUUUGGCGAAGAGCUCGCUCGCCAAGCCCAGCUCUUAAGCGAAAAGAUUGUCGUCCACCUCGAUGAUUUACUCCCGCACAUUCAGAACGCCGCUUCGGGUACGGAAAUCCAAGGUGUCGCUCUAGCCAAGUUCUCACCGGGAGCAUCCGACCAGAAUAAGCUCCUUCGUGUUCUAACAGCCCUCGAUCAUUUAUUCGCCCAGAAGAAAUCUGAUACGACCGAGGGCUCCGAAUCCGAUGAGACUACAAAGCAGGACUUGCUCGCUACACUUUACCGUAACACAACCUUCAAUGCCUUGUGGGAGAAGCUUAGCGCGUGCCUAAGCGCAAUCCGUCAACGCGAGAGCCUCCUGAAUGUGGCUACUAUUCUUCUCCCUCUGAUCGAAGCUUUGAUGGUCGUUUGCAAGGAUGAGACGCUUACCCAGGGCCAGGCAAGCAAGGACAUGGUGCUAUCUAGUCCACAGCCCGAGUCGCGUCUGGCCGGUCUAUUCUUCACUUUCACCGAGGAGCAUCGCAGGAUCCUCAACGAACUGGUGCGCAACAACCCGUCGCUUAUGAAAGGAACCUUUUCACACCUUGUCAAAAACCCCAAGGUCCUCGAGUUCGAUAACAAACGCAAUUGGUUCAACCGUAGUGUCCAUAACAAGCAACAAGUUAGUCAACGACCUCAUCCGAUGCUGCAGCUGCAAGUCCGCCGAGAACAUGUUUUUCAUGAUUCGUUCAAGUCACUGUACUUCAAAUCUGGUGAGGAGAUGAAAUUUGGCAAGCUUAGCAUUCGGUUCCAUGGCGAAGAAGGUGUAGACGCCGGAGGUGUUACCAGGGAGUGGUUCCAGGUACUCGCUCGACAGAUGUUCGACGCGAAUUAUGCCUUAUUCGUGCCUGUUUCAAGCGACCGAACGACUUUCCACCCGAAUAAACUCAGCGGCAUCAACGACGAGCAUCUAAUGUUCUUCAAGUUUAUCGGUCGCGUCAUCGGAAAGGCUCUUUAUGAAGGUCGUCUACUCGAUUGUUACUUCAGUCGCGCCGUAUACAAGCGAAUCCUCGGCAAGCCAGUCUCCGUCAAGGACAUGGAAUCUUUUGACCCCGAUUACUACAAAUCUCUCUCUUGGAUGCUGAAUAACGACAUCACUGAUAUUAUCACUGAGACGUUUUCGGUCGAGGAUGACGAAUUCGGCCUGACCAAGAUCCACGACCUCAUCGACAAUGGCCGUAACGUGCCCGUUACCGAAGAAAACAAGCAUGACUACGUGCGUCUGGUGGUCGAGCACAAGCUCCUCACUUCAGUCAAGGUUCAGAUGGAGAACUUCUUGAAAGGUUUCCAUGAAAUCAUCCCCGCUGAGCUAAUAUCCAUCUUUAACGAGCAGGAGCUAGAACUCCUGAUCUCUGGUCUGCCUGACGUUGAUAUCGAUGAUUGGAAGAGCAACACCGAGUACCACAACUACUCACCGUCGUCGCCCCAGAUUCAGUGGUUCUGGCGAGCGGUACGAUCAUUUGACAAGGAGGAGCGCGCUAAGCUCCUUCAGUUCGUCACGGGAACCAGCAAAGUUCCAUUGAAUGGAUUCAAAGAACUCGAGGGCAUGAAUGGUGUCAACCGAUUUAACAUUCAUCGGGACUACGGUAACAAAGACCGUUUACCAUCAUCCCACACGUGUUUCAACCAGCUCGAUCUCCCCGAGUACGAGAGCUACGAUGCCCUUCGUCGACAAAUUAUCAAGGCUAUCACAACUGGUAGCGACUACUUCGGGUUUGCGUAAGGGACAU